GUGACUCUGAGCUUCAGCUCCACGCAAUAGGUAUGUUCACUUCAACAACGGUUCUGAAGACAUUGUUGGUCAGUGCAGCCGACAACAUUCUUCAAAUCAUAAUAUCUUAGUUAGUCCCUCUAGCUAACGACAAGAGGAACCAGACAGGGUUGCCCACUCUCCCCUUCUCUUUUUGGUAUAUUUAUUGAGCCUCUAGCAGCAACAAUAAGACAGAAUGAGAGCAUUAAAGGAAUUAAAACCAAACACAGCCAUCAUAAAAUUUGUCUCUAUGCAGAUGACAUAAUUAAUUCACGUUCUGAAAAUGAAGCAAUAGCAAUUAGUAAUGAUUUCUCUUCCAUUUCAGACUACUCAAUUAAUUGGAAUAAAUCAGUUUUACUACCACUAAACAGUAAUACAGAGCAGGUUCUCACUACUAGUCAAAUUGGUCAAUAUCAAAUAUCUAGGUAUUUAUUUCUCCCCCAAAUUAUCAGAAAUGGUGCUGCUAAAUUACACCUCAUUGCUGCAAAGCAUACAGGAUGAUCCAACCCACUGGGUCAACCAGCCUCUGUCCCUCAUGGACAAGGUAGCCACAAUAAAAAAUGGGGGAUGGGGCCUUUGGGCUGAGGAGACCUAGACACAAUGCUGGGGGACGGCUGUUUCAACAUGUACCCUCUUCCCCAUAUAAUCACUUAUUAAGGAGAUUGGGGGCAACCUGCGAUGCACCUUGGGGGAAGGAAUCACUUGGCAGUGGUCCCCCUCCCAUCCCAUGGUUGUCGUAUGGGAACGGGCCUCCCUUUCUCGGUUUAAAUUGCACCCUAGACAUGUAAGACCCCUUGGUGGUGGUGGUGGUGGGGGGGGGGUUCUUGGACAUCACUGCCAGCAAGCAAAAUAUGUCCUCUCAGCGCCCUACCCGCCAACUGCACCUUAGAUUAUUAGGGCCCCUUGGUGGUGAUGGAGUUUGGACAUUAAUGUGAGUAAUAAGGAGAGGUCUUCUCAGUGUAUUACUCAACAAAAAUAAAUUAGGCAGGAACGUGGACAAAAACAUCGCGGACGCUGCAUUUGACACCAGUCAGUGGAAUGGAAGCGGGAUAACUGAUUUGAUCAACAUUUAGGGCGAUCGUUCUAUCCAGGCAAAACUUGAGGGGAUCUUAUAGGAAUAGGGCGGUUUUUGAAGAAAUUGCGAGAGAAAUGAACGAGCGGGGAUACAGACGAUCCUGGCUCCAAUGCCAGAGAAAAAUUAAAAGCCUACGAGCAAAAUACAAGGAGGUAAAGGACUGGAACAAACAAAGUGGCCGUCAAAUUUUGGGGGAUAAGCCCAGCGUUCAGCCAUUAGAACUCUUGGACAGCUGCUUUGCUCUAGAGGAGCCCGAGGAGGAGGAGAGCCCAGGUCCCGCAACUAUCGCGGCCAGCCUGGCCAGUCGGUCUUGCGGUGAUACAGGUGAUGGGAUCCUUGUAGCUCCUUCGCCUUCUACCUCAGAUGGAAGUGCUGCAUCAACAACUGAUGAUCUUGCAUCAUCUUCAUCGUCUGUGAACAGACGGAAUGCAUCCUCCACAUCCACUGCUUCUACUACUGCCAGGAGCAGAAAAAGAAAAUCUAGGAUGGAGGCAACGCUGGAGGUGUUUGCCAACAAGAUCACCAGUGCCCUGAAACAGGAUGACACAGACAUUUUACUUAAAAUGCAAGCAGCUCAGCAUGAGCAUGAACGAAAAAUGUUUACCAUGAUGACACAGUUUAUGGAGAGAUCAUUCCAGCCUCCACAGCCACCAUUAUACCAAGCCCCAAUUCACCGCUCUCGUGUUUACAGCCCAAUUCGUUCUUCUACUCCUUCCACACAGUUUCCUGUGGCUUCUUCUCCAUCUCCCUUCCCGCCCGUGCCCUUUUUCCAAGAUUUAAAUCGACUGCCCUUCAACAAUGCUCAUCAACAUCCUCAUCUCAAUCAGUCAUUUUACCAGGCACCGGGACACACACAGGCUUUUAACGAGGAUCAUCUGCCACCUUCCCAGUGUAAAGAUGAUGAAACGCAUUUUACAAAUUUCUAAAUGUUCUAAAACAUUUAUGCCAGUUCAGGCAGUCAGUUCUGCACAAUAUCCAAGUUCAAAUGUGAGUGUUAUUUAUAUGUAAGGUUUGACUCAAAUUUUUAAAUAAAGCCAUACAUGUCCUGAG